UGUUUGGUCGAGUCUAUAAAUUUGGUCGAGUCUAUAAAUUAAAUCCUUCAUUCGUUCAUUCAUUUAUGUUGAAUCGAGUUUAAUUGGUGGCUUGGGUUUUCGAAAUGCUGAUUGAUAAAUUAUAAUCCCGAGUUUGAUCUGAUAGUGGGGGUGAAAAAACGUGUUGAGAUCCGUGCGUCAUCGGGACCGCGGUGGCGGCAGCGGCGACGGCGUGUACUGCCUCUCCGUCGUGCAUCAGACCAAACCGGAGCCGACGGGUCAAUAAGUCCACUCACCGAUCACCGGGCAGCGCGUUAAUUGACACCAUCAACCAAUCAAUCGGACGCGACGGAAGCACCUCAACCCGCCUGACCUCCGGAGUGACGCGUCUCUCCUCCGAUGAAAGAGCGGAGGGGAAGGCAGGGCGCCGGAGGAGAUGCGCAUAUCUGCAGGUCCCUAUAGCGCUGUCGUAAAACAAGAGUCGGGAGCAAGUGGGCUUUCGUUAAAGCGAUGCCAGGAGUAACCAAGUACAAUUUAGUGGAUGACGCGCACGAUUUGAGGAUCCCCAUGCAUAACGAAGAGGUGUUCAAGCAUGGGGUCUGCUUCGAGGCGAAGUACAUUGGUAGUUUGGAGGUGGGCCGCCCCGGCAGCCGAAUGGAGAUAGUGGCUGCAAUGAGGAGGAUCAGAUAUGAAUUCAAGCUGAAGAACAUAAAGAAAAAGAAAGUCAACAUUGUUGUAUCGACAGAUUUUGUCAAAGUGCUUUUGCGCAAAAAGAAAAAGAGAAAAGGGUGGUCGUGGGAUGAGAAUACCACCCUGGUGACGCAGGAUCCUAUCUACAGGAUCUUUUACGUCUCGCAUGAUGCUCAAGACUUGAAGAUAUUCAGCUACAUAGCAAGAGAAGGACAGAGCAACGUUUUCCGCUGCAAUGUGUUCAAGUCCAAGAGGAAGUCUCAGGCCAUGAGGAUUGUGCGGACGGUGGGUCAGGCGUUCGACGUGUGCCACCAGCUGACCCUGCAACAGAAGAGCGACGAGCAGGAGGAUGAAGAGGAGGAGGGGAAGGUGGAGGAUCUGGACGCAGUACCAGCAAAGAAGAGGUUUGCGUUAUCGGAGGAGACGGACCUUGAAGCAACAACAGAGGAGAGCAUUGAGUGCGUCUCUUCAUCAGACCUGGAGAAGAGCAAAAAGGACGAGGCGCUCGGUAGCGAUGGGAAGGCAUCUGAUGACCCCUCUCUUCUGCUGAGCUCUCCCAUUCUUGAAGCCUCUGUGUCGGGUCAACCUUCAGCAGAGGCAUCCUGCUCCGCGGAGCACCAGCUCCAGCUCCUUCAGAGACAGCUGCAGCAGCAGGAACAGCAAGCGCUGGUGGCUUCAGCACAAGUGCACGUGCUCCAGGAGCAGCUCUCGGUGGAGGUAUGUGCACGGACCGAAGCCCAGGCUCGAGUGCAGAGGCUGCUGCAGCAGAACACUGACCUGCUGCAGCAUAUCUCACUGUUAGUCAAACAGAUCCAGGAGCUCGAGCUCAAAGCUACGGGCCAGUUAACAUCUAUGGGAUCUCAGGACAGUCUUCUGGAGAUUACUUUCCGCGCCAAGCCCUCCAGCGCACCCCGUGAACCGCUCACUCCCUCGUCAUCUACAGGCCCAUUAGCUGCUCCAUCACAGCUCCAGAUUAGUGACAGUGCCUGGGUCUCCGCCCUCCCCGGGCCCUGCUCUCCGGGCACCACAGGCACUGACACCAUCCCUCUGGGCCUCAGCGGCAGUGGGGUUCGGCUUGAGUGCUUCCGCUUUUCCUCGCGUGGGCCGGACAGCCAGGAGCAAGGCCAGGACACGGGGGAGACUCCCAGCGACGGGGGCCCAGAUGAAAGCUCGCUGCUGGGAGAACAGGUCCUGGGGGCACUUGAGCUGCUUCGUUUCAGGGAAUCGGGGAUCGGAUCAGAGUACGAAUCUAACACAGAUGAAAGCAGUGACAGGGACAGCUGGGGGCAGGGAGAGGGAGCGGGGGCCGAUGGUGCUGCUCGGCUCUUAAAUGUGCUGAAUGCAGAGUGUCUGCCGGACUCCUUGGGUGAUGAAAUGGCUGUUUAGUGGUCCUCUGAAAGGUGCUUUAAGGCAACUUUGCCCCACACCAACAGGAAACAAGAGAAAUUCAAAAUCUGAAACACUUCAUAACUGAGAAACUAUAUAUUGUGACAGAAAACUGCACCAUCCGCUGGUAAAUAUCACUCAUGAUUGACUCAUCACUGUUCUGACAAAAUGUUUAAAAUGUUGCUUUUAACUUGUCACUUCCUUUGCAAGAUCGAUGUCCCACUUGUAUAAGUGCUUGUAUGAGUCAUAUAAUUAAAUAGAACAAAAAUGCUGACAGCAGAAUGAAACUGAUGAAAUUUAAUCCUGAAUUUUGAAAUAAUGUGAUUGCAUCAUGAAUAAUUUUGUGGAAUUAAUUAGCAGUGACAAAUGCUCACUUUUAAUAACAUCCUAAUUACAAUAGUAAAAGUUUGUAUGUUUACAAAUGGAAAUGCAUUUUUUCAAUUAAUUUGAUAUCUCUAUCAAUUAAAUUUAACGGGUUAACACUAACACCCUAACACUAAGACUAAGGGACUACAGCUAUGCUUUUAGGACUGAGUAUGAGGUCAUUGCUCAUACUCAUACUACAUUAGUAUGCUAGCUCGCUCACAUCAUGUUGUCCAUGUUUAGCAUCUAAUGCUAUAUUCACACUAUGAGCAACAAAUUACAAAACAGACAAGUGUGUCCAGCUCUAUUAUCGUCAAGUCUCCGUUGAAGUGUUGUUACAGCAGCUCAUGUUGAAUGAACUGCAGCAACGGACACGGAGGCAUAUUGUUGGCUGACCAUGUCAACUUUGAUUUGCAGCCAUGUGUCAUUUCAGUUUGUCGCUUAACAUCACCUUCCAUUGAUGAGGACUUGUAGCGAGCUGCUUUUAGUAUCACUUUAGCGUGUCCUCCUGCUCGCUGACUAGCGACCGACACAUGUGUUGCCUUUCAACGCAACCCGUCAGCUCAUGGCUAUGACACGCAAAGUUGUGAAAACGCUGCUGCUAUGCAACAGUCAGCAUGUGGAAGCCACAGAGGCUAACGAUUAGCUAGCGAAAGAAAGAAGCUGACGUAGUGUAAAAGCAAAGGCACAAUGAAAAGAUGUUAGUUGUAAUCCAAAAUUCUGAAUCAUACCUUUGUUGCUCAGCUUCACUGAAACAGGUGCACUUCUUGAUAAGAAUUUGUCCCAGUGCAGCUUUAUUCAGAACACUGUCACAUGGAAUGAACACUGUGGUGUUUCAAGCUCUGUCUCUGAAAAUCUCUGCUGUCUCUUAGUACGUGCGUUACUGUACUGUGCGUUUGAUGAUUGUUGCACCACACACCAGUGUAGGCCCCUGACCUGGUGACCUCGAGCUGGCUUGUUACACUAUGGUCGUGUCUGUAUUAAUGGAUUUGUGACACAUCUGGCAUGAACAUCUGGGAAAGCAUGGUCAUCUUUGCCAAGAUUAUCUGGACGUGCUCAAGUAUGAGAAUUAAAACCCGGCUGCAUUUACUAUGACACUUAUCUAUAUCAGUUCACAUGGGUUUAAAAUGAGCAUGUAUGUCUCACAGUAUGAGUUUUGUCUUUUUCAAUACAUUGUAUAUGGGUUGAUUAACUUAACUUGGCAUGAUUUCACUCAUACUACUGUCCAUCCUGUUUUGUAUUAUUAAGGAGCAUUUCUUUGAUUGUCUCAGAGGGAAUCAUCUCACUGGUCAGGUGCUGCUCUAGUCUCGUCUAUGCUGCUUAAAAAUGUAGCCACCUCUUAUUAAUGUCAUAGUGCGGCAGUCUCGCUGUUGCUCUUCCUUCAAAGGGAUUUUUUAGCCCUGGAGCAGGACGCCAUGGCAAGUGGGAGGCAUAUAGGAGACGUCUGGACUCUGCUUCAUAUUCUUAUGGCCAGUUAUCGCCCCGGCUCUGCUGCACUGACUGCGAGCCAACUCUGAAUCACUGAAUUGGAGACGUGUUUUUGAACUCUUUCCAAAAUUGAUUAAUCUCUUGCUGGCGCUCCUCUCUCCACCUUCUUCUCACUCUCUCUUUCCUGAAACUUGUCACCUCUUUCUUCUCUCUCGGUCAGUCUCUAACACUUCUUCUGUCCAUGGUUAUGUCUGUUUCACAGAAAGUGUACUAAAAGUGAAAGUGCACUUACAUCAGUGUUUCUCCUUGUGGAAUUAAAUGCCCUUUCUCAAAUGCCA